GAAAACCACACACGUUACAUAUGCACGACGAACAUUCUCACUUGAAAUAACGAGGUCGGAGCGAGGACUCCCCGUCGGUUGGGGAUAGUGCUGUGUCUGAAACUCGUCACAAGGCAACAACGACGGCCCGCCGGGAAACGAUGACGCGAGAAUUUCGUUUUUAGAAAAAAAAUAAUAGCAUUUCAAAAGAAGUAGAAGGACGGAAGAGCGACCGAGAGACGAAGUGGUGAAGUAGCGUUCUAUGUCCACGCUCGUAGUUUCAGGUUGCUAGCGGAGUUAGCCACCUAGCCGCAGUUUAGCUCGCAGUCAGCGGCCAACUUUUCAUCAUAUCCCGGCCAAGCUCGCUCGUUUCCGUCAGGAAAAAUGUGCUCUUCUUCGGGACGUUUAUCCGCAUGGCCGGCGGCUAGCAUCGGCUGAGAGCCUCCAUUCUCUAUUUUUGUGUCCCGUUUUUCUUGUACUGCACAUUUUUGGAGCUGUUGAUUUGACACACACAUACACAGACUGGACUUUUGCCCUACGAGUGCUGUAUCGUUAACCUCCUCCAAAGGCCUCCAUUUAUCCUAUUAUUGGGAGUAUUUGAAAACGUAAUUUUUUACAUUAUAUUUUAUUCGUUUUUCUUUCAAAGAAGACCAAGUUGUCCCGGAGGAUUUUUUUUUUGCCUGUGUGGAAAAUGGAUGCGGGCAUAGAGAAGGAAUGCAGCGCCUUGGGAGGUCUCUUCCAGCUCAUCAUGAACGACAUGAAGGCCAGUUAUCCCACAUGGGAGGACUUUGUCACGAAAGGAGUCAAACUUCAGUCGCAGCUCAGGACCACCAUCCUGGUGACAGGCGCCUUCCUGGAUGCUUUUCAGAAGGUCGCCGACAUGGCGAUGGGAUCCAGAGGUGCUACCAAGGAGAUUGGCUCAGCGCUAACCAGGAUGUGUAUGAGACACCGCAGCAUUGAGUCUAAACUCAAACUUUUCACGACAGCGCUCUCGGAAAGUCUCAUUACACCGUUAGAGUUGAAGAUGGAGGAGUGGAGAAAAGCAGCCAGUCAGUUGGACAAAGAUCACGCCAAAGAGUACAAAAAGGCGCGGGCAGAUAUCAAGAAAAAGUCGUCCGAUACAGUCAAACUACAGAAGAAGAUGAAGAAAGGGAAGGACGCAGUGCGCGGCCAGCUGGACAGCGCGCUGCAGGACGUCAACGUGCGCUACGCCGUCCUGGAGGAGACGGAGAAGAGGGCCGUGUGCCGGGCACUCAUAGAGGAGAGAGCGCGCUACUGCACCUUUGUCACAAUGCUGAAGCCGGUGCUGGACCACGAGAUCAACAUGCUGGGCGAGGUGACGCACCUGCAGACCAUCCUGGAGGAUCUCACCACGCUGACAGCCGAGCCCAACAAACUGCCACCAGCCAGCGAGCAGGUGAUCUUGGACCUAAAAGGUUCUGACUUCAGUUACACCUACCAGACACCACCAGCCUCACCCAGCAACACGCUGUCCAGGAAAGGCAGCGUCAGCAGCUACCAGUCUGGGUCAGUGCGGCACGUCCCUUCCUUGGACUCCAUCAGCUGUGCUGUGGAUGGUGUGCACAUCCAGCAGCGCUCCUCCCAGUACCUUCUGAUCGGCUGCGACGAAAGCGGCCGCUCCCUCAGCGAAGGGAGCGCCCCUUCUCGCCCGGGCGGCCGACAGGGCAGCCGCGGUCGCUACGGUUACGCAGCCGGUCCCGGCCAUCGCCUCGCGCCGGGCCGCCGCGUCAGCCGCCGAGAUAUGACCACCGAUGCAAUGGGCUCCACCAAUCAGCUGGCUUCCGCGAGCAUGGGCGGUGAGAACGGCCUCCUGGCGCCCCCGCCCAGCGCCUACACGCAGCAUGGCGAGAGGAUCCGUGCCAUGUCUGCUUCUGGAAAGUCGUGUUCGGCCCGGGAUCAGCUGGCCUUGACUCUUGGCGCGCUGACGGCGGACGCGUCGCGCAGCAGCCGCGACUCGCUGCACUGCUCUAGCGGCUACAGCACGCAAACCACCACGCCGUCCUGCUCCGAGGACACCAUCCACACCCACGUCGACUACGAGUCCAUUUCCCUCCACGGGGAUAGCGACUCCAUCUCCUUGCACCACCUGUCACACGGCGGCGGCGGCGUCAACCAGUCGGAUUUCGACAAGUCCUCCACCAUCCCGAGGAACUCGGACCUGGGCCUCCAGUACCGGAAGUUCGCCCAGUCCAAGCGUCCCGCCUCCACCGUCAGCCUGCUGGCCGAGACGGAGCUGACGGGCGGCUCGCACACGGCCACCAUCCGGCGCAAGCCGUCCACCAAGCCGGUGUACCGCCGGGGCACCAUCAGCGGUGGGGUGCCCAUCCCGAUCUGCACGCCGCAGGUCCCCGUGGGGCCGACGACCCCGGGGAGCGAGGAGAAUGUGUUCGUCGCGACGUCCGCAGGAGGCUUAGGUUACAACAAACUCUUCACUUCCACGCAGAGCCUCAGCGCCCUGCCGCCAUCCUCAACCUCGCCGUACUACCAGCUGGUGCCCGGUCAGAUGCCCAUCCCGGUGCCCGUACCCGCCGUUCCACCAGAGGGCGGCAUUGCCAAGCACCAGCAACUACAACAACUCAACCAUCAGGUGCAAAUGCAGUUUCACCACGAGCGGCAGCUUCAGAAACACAACCGGCCCCAGGUCCACGGUCAGAUUCAGAUCCAGAACCAGAACCAACCGCUGACGCAGACCCAGCUCCAGGCCCACCCCCAGUUCCAAAACCAGCAGCACCAACAGAAGCUCUUCCACCAGCAGAGGGCCCAGUUUCAGGCUCCCCACGCCCAGCGAGAGGACUCCAUCCUGGGCUACACGACUCAUGGGCAGCCCCCUCCGCCUUUCAUCCAGGACCAGGACAGCCUGAUGCACGAGAGGGGCGAUAGGGACAUGCUGAACCUUAUAAGGGGCGUGAAACUCAAAAGGACCCUGACCAAUGAUCGCUCGGCACCUCUGCUGCCCCUGCCGGCCAAUCACAAUUGAGAUGUGGUUGCCUUUCAUUCGCUUUGGUGCUGUGUGCAUUUUUAUUUUGUUUUUUUUUUUUUUCCGUUUGACUGAGCGGUUCCGCAUUUUUGACCGUGACCUAUGAAGCUUGUUUAGUUAGUCAGUUAGACAGCGGGUGGAAAAAGUCACAGUAAAUUUCUAGAAUGUUAUCUGUAAAUUUCCACAAGGACUUAAGAUGGGCAAUUGAGCUGUCCUUGCUCACGAGCGAGGGCAUCGCAGUACCUUCAAUUUUUAGUUUUAUUUUUUUGUCAGCAUUAGUUGGCUUGCAUCACCCAAAAAAAAAAAAAAAAAAAAAACUCCCGACCGGGUGGGGUUUCUUGGAUAACCUUGAUGCAUGGCGUUGAGGCCUAAGAUUAUUAUUUUUUUGACUGGAAUACAAUGUUGACUGAACCUAAUUACGGAGAAAUAAGUUGGUAGAAAUGGAGCUGAGUUUGCAGUUUUAGGAGUUGAGCUGCUUUAUUUUUUUAAGCGUAGUUUUAAUUGAUGACGUCAUAGCGGGGCUAUGAGGUGAGCAAGCUCCAAAAUGUUCCCGAUGCUUUUUUUUUUUAGUUUGGCCACACGAUGGCGCUCUUAGCUUUCGAGAUCUAGUUCAGAGUUAGCGAAGCUUUUAUUCAGUCUAUAGUUCAACGAUUCUAUACUUUAAAAAAAGUUUUAUGUGCUGGAUUGAAUACUCUCUGUUGCAUUGUGUUUUUUUUAUAUGAAAAAGUAAAAUGUCAUGCUUUUAUUUGUGCCUCCUCUAUGCUGUGCAGGUUUAGCUGACUGAUUUCAAAGACUGAGUCUUUAUUGGACGUUCAAGGUUUUGUUUCCUGGCUGGGCCGUUAAGAGUUUAUCGUCGCCUUGGUUACAGCCCAGCGUGCUUCCUCUCUCGUGCUGUUUGGUUGUACAUAUUCUUCUUUAAAUAUCCGUACAUACAGAUUGUAUUUUUCUGCAUCGGCCCUAUCGGAAAUGAUGCCGAGGUCUUAUUUUUGUAGACGUUCUUUAAAGCAUGUCGGAAUAUCCUUGCAAGAACACCAACCAACAGAAAUGUACUUUUGAUUUUUUUUUUUUUUUCCAAUGCUGUCACGCGUGUCAUCGCCAUCAUCGUAAUUAUAUUGACAGUGCUCGUCAA